AUGGCGCUGAGACACGAAGACGCGCUAAAUAUGCUUCGAGCUGAAAUCUCGUUUGUCGUUCACGCGAGAAUAGGCUGCGAGGCAAGCAUCGUCGGAGCUUUGCACAAAGUUCAAGCCGGGUGGAGAGAGAUGAAGAAGAACCAGCCGGAGAAGCUGGACAAGCCGAUGCGCUGCACACUCAUCCUGUGUUUAUUUCAGGAGAUACUCAGCAGGGUAGAGCGACUGCCGACGGACGAGAAGGCCCUGGCGGAGUUUAAAGCUCGCGGAUGGAUCUCGGAGGAUCUGAAUUUCUGGCCUGCUUUGGCCUGGGAUGGUGAGCAGAAAAAGCUGUUGCCAGUGAAGUCCUCCCCGGGGCUUCCGACAGCCGUGCUAGUGGACCACUUGAAGGCUGUGAUACGGCAUUGUACGGGGGACUAUGCCUUGAGCAGAUUUCACCCGGUGAGGCCGAUCUCGGAUGCUAUGACGGGGGAGAGCGUUGUCUUUCUUCUUCAGGUUGGCUUGGCGUCGGAUAGCGCAAUGAAGCUUGGGUUGCACUUGAGGGCCCUUUGCAUGAACAGCGCUUUGCAGCUGUGCGGAUGCUCUUUGAAACCUGACCGAGUCUCUUUGGGCGACUCGGGCAUGUGUUAUCUGGGCUGGCUCAGUUGGUUGUCAGAUGCAGGAGUUGAUGCCGGAGUUGGUGAAGAAGAGUGGGCGGAACUGCUUUGGCUGGAGGCACCCUCCAUACUGGGUUUAGCUUUGCCCGGAGCCGAGACGAUUGAUGUGUCAGAGCCUACGUUUCCUUCAGAAUCGAGUGAGCACGGGGAGAAUAUCGAGCCGGGCUCAGCAGACAGCCUAGCGGGCUACUCCCCAUCUCCAGCGGCCAGUCCAGUUGUUAGACGUGGCUUCAACCUACAUGUCUCGGAGGAGCUACAACUGGAGCGCCCGGAGCCUGAGAAUGCGAGCGAGUGCCUGGCCCUGCGGGCGUUGAGGGAUCGCUGGCUGUGGGAGGAGGACUUGCUGUGCCUUACCGAGCACCUGCCGUCAAGUACUCGUAACUUUCAGAGGUCUACGCAGGGAGAUUAUUGGUCGUGCUCCUUCUUGACUGGAGCUUUCAUUCAUGGUGUUGCAGCAGGGGUCAUGAAUAACUCCAGGCGGUUCGAGAAGGUCACUGCUUUGUUAGCUGCUGUGCUGAGAAGUGUGGCGCCCACAGCAUGGUUCACGUCAGCAGGCAUCUCCUUGAACAUACGUUCCGGAGUACAUCGUGACUCAAACAACGCCUCCAACAUACAUAACGUCCUGGUGCCGGCCUCGGACUUUGAGAAUGGGGAGCUGUGGCUGGAAGACAGCACUGGCGCUCAUGAGAUGGAAGGUUUCUUGGGCAGAUUAGUUCCAGUUUCCAGACCCUUCAUUUCAUUCAAUCCCAGGGUUCGUCAUGCUACUUCAAGCUGGCAAGGGAACCGUUUAGUCUUGAUCGGAUACCAUGUGCGAAAUUCAGAGAUGCUCAGCCCUAUGGACAAGACUGAGCUACGUCGCCUUGGCUUUCGGGUGUAUGACGGAAGAAGGCCGUGA